GCGGCGGCGGCGGCCAUGGCGGAGGCUGGGGAACCGGGGCCGCGGGGAGCCGCUGGGGGCCCCGACGAGGAUGAGGACGAGGAGCGGGAGCCGCUGCUGCCGAGGCCGGGCCGGGCCCCGCCGGGCGGCGCCGUGAGGGUCGUCAGGGACCCCGGGGGAGGAGGGAGCGGUGGCGGCGAAGCCCCGGGGGACGAGGAGGAAGAGCUGCUCCUGCCGGGAGGAGAAGCCGCCGACCCGGGCCGCCGGGGCCGGGGCCGCAGGGCUCUGGGGACCGUAGACCGCCUUCGCCUCUUCUCGGCAGUAAAUUUGGGAGGUCUUGCAGAGAUGAACGUAUUCUUGGAGGAUCCAGAAUUUACUGACACGAUACUGAAAGCAGAACACGCAAUAGACUCUGGAGUUCUCCCAGAAAGAAUCUCCCAAGGUUCAAGUGGAAGUUAUUUUGUCAAGGAUCCCAAGGGGAAAAUUAUUGGUGUCUUUAAACCAAAAUCUGAAGAGCCUUAUGGUCAUCUAAAUCCAAAAUGGACCAAAUAUUUUCAUAAGAUCUGCUGCCCUUGCUGUUUUGGCAGAGGUUGCCUUGUACCUAAUCAGGGAUACCUUUCUGAAGCUGGUGCCUAUGUUGUAGAUGAAAAGCUUGGUCUGGGAGUUGUACCAAAAACAAAGGUGGUCUGGCUUGUGAGUGAGACAUUUAACUACAGUGCAAUAGACCGUGCAAAAUCAAAAGGCAAAAAAUAUGCUCUAGAAAAAGUACCAAGCGUGGGCAAAAAAUUCCAUCGAAUAGGACUACCUCCCAAGGUGGGCUCCUUUCAGCUGUUUGUUGAUUGUUAUAAGGAAGCUGAUUAUUGGCUUAGGAAAUUUGAAGCCGAUCCUUUACCUGAGAAUGUUAGAAAACAGCUUCAGUCACAGUUUGAGAGAUUAGUUGUUUUGGAUUACAUCACCCGAAAUACAGACAGGGGAAAUGAUAAUUGGUUAGUCCGAUAUGAAAAACAGAAUGAUGGGAGUAAAAAUUCCAGUAAGGAAACAGAAUGGACUACGGGUAAAGAAUCUCUUAUUAAAAUUGCUGCAAUUGAUAAUGGUCUAGCAUUUCCUUUUAAACAUCCUGAUGAAUGGAGAGCAUAUCCUUUUCACUGGGCUUGGCUUCCUCAAGCAAAAGUUCCUUUUUCUGAAGAAACUAGAGAAUUAAUUCUCCCACGUAUCUCUGAUAUGAACUUUGUGCAAGAUUUAUGUGAAGAUCUUUAUGAACUUUUUAAGACUGAUAAAGGAUUUGACAAGGCCACUUUUGAAAAUCAGAUGUCUGUAAUGAGAGGCCAGAUUUUAAACCUUACUCAAGCAUUAAAAGAUGGAAAGAGUCCUCUUCAGCUGGUACAAAUGCCGCGUGUGAUUGUGGAACGAAGUCAGAGUGGAAGUCAGGGCCGGAUUGUCCAUUUGAAUAAUUCAUUCACACAGACCGUGAAUUGUAGGAAGCCUUUCUUUUCUUCCUGGUAGCUGAUGUAAGAUGAAAAACACUGGACUCUUGCCCUUAAUUAGAAAUGUUAUAUAAAAGAUUUUGCAAUAAUAUAAAUCUUCUGUACACAGCUCCAACUGCCAAAACCUCAGAUAACUGAAAUCUUUAAAAAGGUUGCAUUUUGAAUGUAAUCAAAAGUUUACAGUUUUUGUGUCCAAAAAUUGUGGAUUCUCCGUCAGGGAAUAAACAAGUAACCCAUAGUUUAUAUUGUAUUUUUAUAUGAUAAAUGUACUUUAUUGUGUUGAUACUACUUUAAAAGAAAAUUUUACAGUUUA